ACCUCUUCCCUCUCCUCUCUGCACUCCCAACAACAAUAUCUAUCAUUGAGGAUCUCAGCAGCAUUGGGCAGAGGUGAUAAAGUUUUUUUCUUCUUCACAUGACUGCUAGGGGCACCGACCCCAAAAGGGGUCGUCUUUGGCCACACAUGAUCAUAGCAAUGGCCAUUGCUUUGAUUUCUACUACUGUAGUUUCUGUCCAUGCUGAUGGUUACCCUUCCUAUUCUUCACCACCACCACCUCCUCCAACUUAUGAAUACAAGUCACCACCUCCACCUUCACCAUCACCUCCUCCUCCUUAUGAGUACAAGUCACCUCCCCCUCCUUCCCCAUCACCACCACCUCCCUACUAUUACAAGUCUCCUCCACCACCUUCUCCAUCGCCUCCUCCUCCAUACUACUACAAGUCUCCUCCACCACCCUCUCCCUCCCCGCCUCCUCCAUACUACUAUAAGUCCCCUCCUCCACCCUCUCCCUCACCACCUCCUCCAUACUAUUACAAGUCUCCUCCACCCCCCUCUCCCUCACCACCUCCUCCAUACUACUACAAGUCUCCUCCACCACCCUCUCCCUCCCCACCUCCUCCAUACUACUACAAGUCCCCUCCACCACCCUCUCCCUCCCCACCUCCUCCAUACUAUUACAAGUCCCCUCCACCACCCUCUCCCUCACCACCUCCUCCAUACUACUACAAGUCCCCUCCACCACCCUCUCCCUCACCACCUCCUCCAUACUACUACAAGUCCCCUCCACCACCCUCUCCCUCACCACCUCCUCCAUACUACUACAAGUCCCCUCCUCCACCCUCUCCCUCACCACCUCCUCCAUACUACUACAAGUCCCCUCCUCCACCCUCUCCCUCACCGCCUCCUCCUUACUAUUACAACUCCCCACCACCACCUUCACCACCUCCCCCACCACCCUACUAUUACAAGUCUCCACCUCCGCCUGAAAAGUCUCCAUCUCCAACUCCAUAUUACUACAAAUCUCCUCCACCACCAUCUCCAACUCCUUACUACUACAAUUCUCCACCACCUCCAUACUAUUAUAACUCUCCUCCUCCACCAGUUGUAUAUCCCCCACACCCGUACCCACAUCAUUACCACCACGCUUUGAUUGUUAAGGUAGUAGGUAAAGUUUACAGCUAUAAGUGCUAUGACUGGAACCAUCCCGAGAAGUCCCAUAACAAGAAACACCUCAAAGGUGCUGUUGUGGAGGUCGAAUGCAAAGCAGGGUCGAAAGUGAUCACGGCCUAUGGUGAAACUAAGAGCAAUGGAAAGUACAGUAUCACAGUUAAGGAUUUUGACUAUGUCAAGUAUGGACCCACAGUGUGCAAGGCCAAGCUUUAUGCUCCACCUAAACACUCCCCCUUCAACACACCUACUCAAUUCAACGAAGAAACCAAGUUGAAGGUGAAAUCUAAGGACAAGUAUGAAGUGGUGCUUAAGGCUAAGCCAUUUGCUUAUGCUUCAAAGAAGUAUUUUAAAGAAUGUGAAAAGCCUUCACCCACUCCUUACUACUAUAAGUCACCUCCUCCUCCAACUCCCGUUUACAAAUACAACUCUCCACCUCCACCAUCACCAAAACCUACACCAUCAUACUACUAUAAAUCACCACCCCCACCUUCACCAUCCCCUCCUCCUCCAUACUAUUACAAGUCACCUCCACCACCAUCUCCAUCACCACCACCUCCUUAUUAUUACAAAUCCCCACCACCACCAUCUCCAUCACCACCUCCUUACUAUUACAAAUCCCCUCCACCACCAUCUCCAUCACCACCACCUCCAUACUACUACAAGUCCCCUCCACCUCCAUCUCCAUCUCCACCACCUCCCUAUUACUAUAAAUCACCUCCACCACCAUCUCCAUCACCACCACCUCCUUACUAUUACAAAUCUCCUCCACCACCAUCCCCAUCACCACCACCUCCAUACUACUACAAAUCCCCACCGCCACCAUCCCCAUCACCACCUCCUCCAUACUACUACACAUCCCCUCCACCUCCUUCUCCAUCUCCACCACCUCCCUAUUACUAUAAAUCACCUCCACCACCAUCUCCAUCACCGCCACCUCCUUACUAUUACAAAUCUCCUCCACCACCAUCCCCAGCACCACCACCUCCAUACUACUACAAAUCACCACCACCACCAUCUCCAUCACCACCACCUCCAUACUACUACAAAUCCCCGCCACCACCAUCCCCAUCACCACCACGUCCAUACUACUACAAAUCCCCUCCACCUCCCUCUCCAUCUCCACCACCUCCCUAUUACUAUAAAUCACCCCCGCCACCAUCUCCAUCACCGCCACCUCCUUACUAUUACAAAUCCCCACCACCACCAUCUCCCUCACCACCACCUCCAUAUUACUAUAAAUCACCUCCACCACCAUCUCCUUCACCACCACCUCCAUACUACUACAAAUCCCCGCCACCACCAUCCCCAUCACCACCACCUCCAUACUACUACAAAUCCCCUCCACCUCCCUCUCCAUCUCCACCACCUCCCUAUUACUAUAAAUCACCCCCACCACCAUCUCCAUCACCGCCACCUCCUUACCAUUACAAAUCCCCUCCCCCACCAUCCCCAUCACCACCCCCUCCUUAUUACUAUCAAAGUCCUCCUCCACCAGUAAAAUCGCCUCCACCUCCAGCUUACACCUAUGCUUCCCCACCUCCACCUAUCUACAAAUAAGUUGCGAAUGCGAAAGCACCACUCAUGAUAAAUCACAUUCUUGUUUUCAUUGAGGAAUAAAGACAAUCUCCAUUUGGAGCCAAGUGAUCUAUCUUCCUAUUUAAGUUUUUUGAAUAAAAGUCUGAAGGUGUGUCAUCUCUGCACUUCUAUACUCGUGAUUCAGACCCGAUUGAUUCUAUCUGUUUGAUGGUCGUCUUGCACGUUCCAAUCUUGUUGUGUUUAAAUGCCUCACAGCUCAGAACAAGAGAAAUUUGAAAUGUAAAUGACAAGUGAAAGUGAAAAAUAUAGUACACUUUUAAUUUAUUUGUUCCUAGAUUAAUUGGCCAUGUACGAUUGGUUUUCAUCUAUGCGGCAUUUCUGUAUUGUACCAUGUCGUAUUUGUGAUAACAGUACUAUUACAUUAGAAAUAAAGCAUUUAAGCAUCGCAUUCA